AACAACAAACGUCGACGAGCCGAAACAGGUUCAGACGCGCAAGAGAUGACGAGUCUGAGGUUUGGGAGGCCUGUAAUUCCAUUUUCCAGCUGCCGUGUAUGAAUUCUAUGUCUCUUAUACCAUCUUGCUGCUGGAAUCCGGCGUCUUGCGGUGAUUGAGCAACCAAACCAUGCGAACAUUCCUACCCCGCUAUGGUGCUACUAACCUCCUCGACCGUCUCUGCAAUUCUGACAUCUGGAAUCAUAUGCAUUUCCACCAUCCUCCUUUUUCUCACGGGUUAUGCGCUGCAACAGCAGUCAGUACGGAAUAUCCAGCAUGCUCUUCGCCCGCCGAGCACAACCCCCAUUGCUCAUCAAGAGCACUCGAAUUUGGCACGCAAUGUACAUAGUGGGCAGGAGGUGUUGCCCGAGCUGAGUCUUGACCGUGAUAAGGCUAGCUAUCCUGGAGCCCGCGGCAACUAUGCCUAUCUACAGCUUCUUUCGGACCCAGAUCCUUCCAACAUCUGCUCGGCCAUCGCCUUCUUCAAGACGCUCGCCACCAAUAGCACCAUCGCCCAAGACCGACUUUUCAUGUACCCACAAGAUUGGGACCUAGCUCCCCCGUCGAGUAUCUCCACACCUGUCUCGACUGCCCUUUCCCUCCUCCGCGCAGCAUCGACCAAAUACGGGAUUUGGUUGCUUCCCAUCGAUAUGACCAAAGCCACCUCCGCCGGCUACACCGUGACGGACACCAAGGUCUUGCGUCUGGGUCAGAUACAGUUCAUGCAGUAUGACGGCGUUCUCUACGUGCAAACGCCGGGUCUUUUGCUCGAUACCGAAAAGCUAGACUCUAUGCUGUUCUCACACUCGCUGCCUUUGAGACACGACAAGAGUCGGCCAGACUCUUACAAUAACGAAGCAUGGAUUCCGAUGCCGCUGCGUCCAGAUCGAGACGCUACCUUGCCUCCUGUCUAUCUCGUCACAGUCAACAACGUGGGUAGUCAAAUUGAAGCCCGCGGACACAUUCCCAAUGUUUCUUUGCCUGGGUUCGGGGAUCUUGUUACUGGACCUUGGGGCGUCCAUGAAAAGAAAGGCCACAAAAGUAGCCCAGGGUACGUAUAUUUUGAGAAGGAUAAAGACGGAUACGUCCAGUGGGCUGGGAAUCCGCUCUUUGGUGCUUGGAGAGCAAAACAGUAUGACGUGUGUGAUGGCCUGGAUCUUGAUGAUACAUAUGAAUGAUGCUCUUUUCUGCCCUGGGAUUCGGAUCGGCAAUAUGCUUGUGUUUUAGAUUGGCCUGGUGCCGGCGUUGGGGGUGGGAUUUAAUUUGCUGGAUUUGAUAUCAUGACCUGGCACUUUACACUGUAUAUAGUUAUAACUUUACCUCCAUGUGAAGCCAUAAGGGAUUUUUUGGAAUAAAAACAAUGCAGUCCUUGCAGUAUCACAAUAACCCCCCCCCUUCAUCAGGCCACUAAACUUUUAUAUCCAACAAUAAGCAGUUCUUACAUCACUGCUAGGUAUAUCACUAUGAUACAAGGGUCUUGAAUGCAUAAAUAAGC